UAGACAUCGUAGUGAAAUGUCUGAUUAAAGGUGUCGGAAUGCGAGGUUUCCCACGAUACCAUUAAUUCCAUUGUUCUACAUGACAUUAUUUUAUAUAAUUAAUUAAUUAUUACCUCGUUAAUUUAUAAAAUGCAAAUUUUAAUGCAUUAAAAGUACAAAUAACCAGAGCACGACCUUGCAUCAGAUAUAUUUCCCAAGUGUAAAAAAACUGUCCCCAUUGUUCUACCUUUUCCCGUUCAUGCAAAUUUUGGGAAAUGCAUUUGAUGAAAGCGUGAAGACUUUUAACCUUUAUAUAUUUGGUUAGUUAGGAGGUUGUUGGGUGCAUGAGGAGACAACAUAACGGAUCGUUUAAAUCAUUGAAAUCUCACUCUAAGGAGAGAGAGAGAGAGUUGGGUGGUCAACUACUUGAGAAUUUACUGCACUGUUGCCGAUGGUCUGUUAAGGAACCCUCUCUUCUUCUGCCUUCACGACUUGUAGCAAGAAAUGAUGGCGUUUGACCUCAAUUCGAAUAUCACCACUGCUUGCACUAUUCAAUCCUCAUCUCCUCAUUCCUCCCAUUACCUCACUCUUGAUCUCUGCCUCAGAGUCACAAACAAUUCCGUCGAUUAUCCGUCGAGGGUGAUCAGAUGCUGUUAAAAUUCACAGUACAGCAACCGCAGUGCAUCUUCCUGGCCCUCAGUGGACGACACGAUCUGAACGGGCGGAAAAACAUGGCAUGUCAACAAAGAUAUCACGGCCAUGAGUGACAAGUGAGUUGUGCGAGUAACAGUGCGAUCAGUGUAUUAUGCGUCUCUUAGCAUUGGCAGCGGUGGUGACGACUCUUCUUUUCCAUUCUGCCCUCUUCGGAGUGAACGGCUUUGUCUUCAUCGACUGGAAGUUGUUUCAGUUGGGAAGCACGACGACCUCGGCUCCCACUCCUGCGUCGGCCACCAGUGCGGAAGUGGAGAAUGAGGCUGCGGACGCCACCAACACGACGGGAAUCAGGAGUCAUCGCCAGGUCUCCAAUGUCACAAGUACAAACUUGUUGGACUCCCCUUUGAAACCACUCGAGGACACUGGAAUUCAACUAAGCAGGAAGUGCUUUGGGGACUUGGGAUGCUUGGAAAUAUCGGAGGAUUGGUUCCACUUUAUCAAUCGGCCCGUUAACCUGCUACCCUUUGACAGGGACAUUGUCAACACGCAGUUUGUUCUCUAUACGAGAAACAUGUCUUCAAAGCCCAACAUUGUGAAACCAAAUCGAACGGAACUGCUGGAAACGUAUUUCAAUCCAAAGCUGGGAGUCAAAUUUAUAAUACACGGCUUCAUCGACACGGGAUUCAGCUCUUGGGUUGUCAAAAUGGCACAGUCUUUGGUGGAUACGGACGUCAAUGUCUUUGCCGUCGACUGGGGUGGCGGCUCGCUGCCCCUUUACACCCAAGCAACAGCAAACUGCAGGCUUGUGGGAAUGGAAAUUGCAUAUUUUGUCGCCUUUUUGAAGGACGAAUUCGGAGUGGAUCCAAGCAUGGUGCAUCUCAUCGGACACUCUCUGGGGGCUCACGUGGCUGGCUAUGCUGGUGAGAAGAUUUCAGGUUUAGGACGAAUUACUGGGUUAGACCCUGCUGAGCCUUAUUUCCAAAAUAUGCCCGAAUUUGUACGCCUGGAUCCUUCAGAUGCUCAAUUGGUGGACAUUAUUCAUACCGACUCCAGGUCAAUUAUACUCUUGGGCUAUGGAAUGAGCCAGCCCUGCGGUACGAUUGACUUUUACCCGAACGAUGGGUUUCAACAACCUGGCUGCGAGGUGACCCAAGUGCCACUAAAUCUUAUCCAAGCCAGAGACUUGAAUCCACUAGAGUUAGCCCAACGCGAAGUAUUCGCAUGCAAUCAUAACAGAGCCAUUUAUUACUUUCUUGAGAGCAUAAAAAGCAAAUGUCAAUAUAUUGGACAUGCUUGUACCGAUUAUCGCUCAUAUUUGAAGGGGGAUUGCUCCUCGUGUGGGGAGGAUGGGUCCCUUUGUGCCAUAAUGGGCCUGGAUGCCGACAAAUAUUACAACGUGGGCAACCGUUCUUUGGUCCGUUUCUACGUUUCUACGUCCAAAAGUCCACCGUAUUGUUUGUUCCACUAUCGCGUCAGUGUACAAUUGGCGUUUCCAUUAAUUGCCUCAGAGUGGGUCACUGGAAAGCUACGAGUUAGUCUUUACGGGGAUAAGAGCAGUUUAGUCAACGUGGAUCUUACGCCUGAAAACAAUAUGAGACUAGACCACGGGAAAAAUACAACAUUUCUUGUCCAGUCCCCGACAAGGUUGGGAUAUGUUGACAAGAUAAAGUUAGAAUGGCAGUACAAUUACAAUUACUACGAGUUCAUGUCCACCUGCUGGGCCUUUCUCUGCAAUAGCAAACUAUUUGUGAAAAAAUUGGAAAUUGUGGAUAUGGAUUCUCAAAUAAGUCCACAAUUCCGGGCCGUUUCCACAAUGAGACUUUGUGGGGAGGAAGGUACAACGUAUACGGGAAUUUCUAGCGGUGGUCAUGCCGAGUUUGACCGUCACUGCUGAAAACGGCAGACUUUGUAUUUUUAAGGGUAACAAGAUGUAUUAAAUCCUACACCAGUAUUUCUCUGUGUGUCAAGCAAUAAAAUGUUUUUGUGAGAGACCAACAAGA